UGAGACACUGUGCACCCCCAGCGGGGCAAUCCUUCGUAAGCUGGCGAGCAGUCGCUCAGUUCGAAUAUCUCCGGCUCGAUCAGUCCCAUUUGCGAUCCAGCUACGAAAGAUUGAUGAAAUCGCAACGAGAUCCGCAGCAAACAAGUCAUUCGCAGCGAAAACAAGCAAGUCACUCAGCACCCAGUAAGCCGAAAAAAUCAACAUGGGCAGUACCAGCACCGCGGAAGAAUAUGACCUCGUAGUCAUCGGGGCGGGAUUAUUCGGCCUCGCAAUGGCCAAGACCUAUCUACAAGUCAAUCCUUCCACGCGACUACUUGUUCUUGACAGCGGCAAGAGCCUUGGCGGUACGUGGUGCGCCGAGCGCAUAUACGAUGAUCUCUAUACCAAUAACCUUGUGGGCACACUCGAGUUCGGGGAUUUUCCUAUGGACUUUGAGACAUUUGGUGUGCCGCCCGACGCUCACGUUCCAGGAUUGGUGAUGCAUAGGUACUUUACAGCGUAUGCGCAGCACUUUGGUGUUUAUGAGAGAAUCAAACUCCGUUCUACGGUGACAUCUGCUGAGCUUCUGCAAGGAGGCGAGUGGCAUAUCAAGUACGAUGUUGCGCAUGGUGCCGACGGAGAGGGGACAGAGCAACACGAGCUCAUUGCGAAGAGGAUGGUUCUGGCAACUGGCGCUACCUCAACGCCAAAUAUUCCAAAUAUAAAGGGAAGUGAUGAAUUUGGAGGCCAUGCUUUCCAUUUUAAAGAUCUGAGUAAGCAUGCGAACGAUUUGAGUGAAGCAGACAAUGUUGUCGUCUUCGGCGGCUCAAAAUCUGCUGUCGAUGCAGUCUACCACAAUGCCUCAAAGGGUAGACACGUCGACUGGGUAAUUAGAGACUCCGGUCGCGGCCCAGCUUGGCUGCUCCACUCUUACGUCUCUCCCUUAAAACUACAAUUUGAAAAACUCGCCACAACACGGUUCAUGACAUUUCUCAGUCCAUGCAUAUAUGACGACGGUUACCCCAUGAUCCGUCGACUACUCCACGACACCAGGAUUGGAAGAGCACUCCUACGUUUCAUCUUCGGAAAAAUAGACCACGGUUCCGUCGAGGAGACGAAAUACAAUGACCACCCCGAAACCAAAAAGCUGAUCCCCCAUGGCAGCGUCGUAUGGAUAGGCACCAACGUUGGCAUCCUCAACCACCCCACCGAUUUCUUCUCUCUCAUCCACAAAGACCUCGUCCACGUCCAUAUCUCCGACAUAACCUCCCUUUCCAAAUCCAGCGUCCACCUCUCCAACAACACCACCCUCCCCGCCGAUGCUCUCAUAUACGGCACGGGCUGGUCCCACGCCCCCUCCUUCCCCAUCCUCCCCGCCUCUUUAGCCCCCAAACUCGCCGUCGGGCCCGCCCCUCCCACCGACCCCACCAUCGCCGCCGCAGACGCCGAAAUCAUGCGCCGCUUCCCCGAACUCAAGGACCAGCCCCCCCAUGGCACCAGCAUAGACCGCGAGCGUGCCAACGAGCCUGCUUACCGCGCCUACCGCCAUGCCAUACCUCCUGCUUUCCUGUCGUCGCGGAACCUCGCAUACUGCGGGCUUGCAGCUAUCGGUCUGCGAGGCUUCUGGAUUGCAGAGAUGCACGCACUAUGGAUCACGGCAUUUUUCGCGGACAAGUUAAGUGUGAAAUUGCCCGGUGAGGAAGAGGCAGCGAGGCAGGCGCUGCUGGAGAGUCGGUUCUUUAGGUAUAGGGCGUCGAAUGGGUUGGGCGCUAAGUCGGCGGAUAUGGUGUUUGAGAUUGUGCCGUUUAUUGAUACGCUGUGUCGGGAUUUGGGGAUCGAGACGAAGAGAAAGGGGGGAUGGAGGGAGAUCUUUGAGUACUAUGGGGUGCAUGACUAUAGUGGUGUUGUGGGGGAGUGGAUGAAGAAGGAAAAUCUGAGUGGGGUUGGGGAGCUGUGAGGGGUGAUUCGUAUAAGAAAGGCAUCCGUAGCUGGAAAGGGAAAAGAUGGUUCUUCAUCAAGCCCAACUUAUUGAUUUAUUGCUCAGUUCAUUUUACUCGACAGUACAACGUCGAUAUGAUAGCUGCAAUUAAUGUUACUAAAAAAAUCCCCUUUCCUUCAUUGUUAAAUAACUAGUCUGCUAAAAUGAC